CCUUGCUAGCCUUCUAACAUGAUGUAUAUGUAGCCAAGUUCCAUGGAUACAUGUAUGGAGGUCGAGCAUUAGAUGUCCGCAUGGAUCACGUAGCUCCAGCGAACAACGGUGUUGGUGGAGGAGGUAACUGGUAUUAAAAAUAAUUGCGCGACGUUUUUUUUUGAAAAGAAGGCAAUAAAUUGAGAAAAAGGGAAUAAGAAAAAAAAAAACCCACCCAAACCCAAAAACUCCACCUAGUUUCAGUCUUUUUCCCUAUCCCUCAGCAACUUUCUUCUAAUAGUCAGGGUUGCUCAAUAGUACAGCCAGCUGAAUACCAGCCGUAACUUUCUGUACACCUCUACAUGAGCCAAGCUAUUCAUCUUCCAGUUGAACAAGUUGCAAAAGUCGUUAAGCGGCAUUUGGUGACUCAGCGCGACUCCGAUGCACCGGAAAUGGUUGAAGAAGGUCAACUUGACCAACCCCACAGCUCUGAUUAUGCUCCAGACCAAAGAAAGGAUACCGAUAAUGGAUCCAUUCAUUCAACUAUAAGAAACGCUUACAAGUUACCAGGCGGAUCUAUCGUGGACGGGAUCUAUAAAUGGACAGCUAAUGUAGAAAGUGAGCGGAAACAACGUCUACAACGAUCUCAGUCUAUUUCUUUCCCAUUGCCCCCACCAAAAAGCGGCGAUGUUCUUUCACAACGACUUAAACAACCCGGUGGAUUUCGACGGCAUUAUGUACUUUCAAAAGCUGCAAAACAAGGCAGAAGUCCUCCCAAUUUGUGGACCAACAGCUUUGCAGAAUUCUUAUGCUUGUACGGACACUUUGGAGGCGAAGACCUUAGUGAUGACGAUGAUCCAGAUAGCGAUAGUGAUGAAGAUGAAGAAGCUGUCAUUGGUUAUGGCUCAAGUAUCCUCAAUGAAGCCACGACUAGCAAACCAGUGGGUUCCAAAUCCAAUGCGCGUAAUACAGACCAUGAUCGGCCAGCCAUUGCUUCUACAUCCCGUCGGCGGCCUUCAGAAUCAACCCCUCUGUUGUCAAAGCCAAACAAAAAUACUACAGCUGUACAAGGUACAGCAACUCCUGCUAAAGCUGUCUUUCUUUUGUUGAAAUCAUUUGUGACUACCGGUAUCAUGUUUCUACCCAAGGCGUUCUACAAUGGCGGUUUAGUCUUUUCCAUCCUUGGCACCAUAUUUAUUGCCGCCAUUUCUUUAUACUCGUUCCUUUCGCUUGUUGAGACUCGUAAUGCUGUCCCUGCUGGAUUCGGCGAUAUGGGUGGAGUUCUUUUUGGUUCCAAAAUGCGAGUGGCCGUGCUUGUUUGCAUCACAUUAUCCCAGAUUGGUUUCGUAUGCGCCUACAUGGGCUUUGUUGCUGAAAACCUCCAAUCUCUCAUCCUCACUUUCUCAAAGUGCCGAGUUGUUAUACCACUGCAUGUGUUGAUUUUGGCUCAAUGCUUUGUCUUUAUACCUUUGGCUAUGAUUCGCAAAAUCCAACGAUUAUCCGUAUUUGCGUUAAUUGCUGAUGUCUUUAUUGUCAUUGGCCUGAUCUAUUUGUAUUACUACGACUUCUUCAAUUUAUCCACACAUGGUGUCGCUGAUGUCACUAUGUGGAGUGCUGACAGAUUCCCUCUGUUUAUCGGAACAACUGUUUUUACUUAUGAAGGAAUUGGCCUUGUUAUUCCCAUCACUGAAUCUAUGAAAGAACCAAAGAGACUCCCUCAGGUACUAUGGCGUACCAUGGCCUUCAUCACCCUUCUCUUUACAACCAUGGGUGCUUUCUCAUAUAUGUCCUUUGGUGACAAUGUCCAAACCAUUGUCCUACUUAAUCUGCCUGCCAAGGAUCCAGGCGUAUCCACUAUCAUUGCUCUUUAUUCGCUUGCUAUAUGCCUAUCUAUUCCAUUACAGCUUUUCCCAGCUAUUCGUAUUAUGGAGAACGGACUAUUUACUACAAGAUCCGGAAAGAACAACGCCGUAGUGAAAUGGGAGAAGAAUGUUUUCCGAGUUGCUGUCGUCUUUGUGUGCGCUUGGGUUUCCAUUGUUGGAUCCAAAGACAAACUCGACAAGUUCGUUGCCUUGGUUGGAACUCUGUUUUGCGCACCACUAUGUUUCGUAUUCCCCACUCUUUUCCAUCUCAAAGCAGCUGCCAAAACCUAUGUUCGUAAAGUCGCCGAUGUGAUGGUCAUGCUGUUUGGAUCAUUUUGCAUGAUAUAUGGUACAGCCAUGGUCAUUGGCCAAUGGAACUCGUCCGACGUCGUCGAUCCUAUCAAAAGAUGUAUUUCCCGAAGCAUGUAACUAGCUAGCGUCACACAUCAUUUGCACUUUCUGCUUUUUUCUUUUUCCACCGCACCUCAUAAUUGUAGCUCUCAACUCUCUGUAGCUUUCUAGCUCGAUACCAUUUUUUCACCAUGAAUGAGAAACUAACAAAUUCAAGUAUAAAUGUGUGGAAAUUUUUUUUAUAGUACAUUUCGACA